UUCCAGGAGGUGUUGUCCCGGGUAUGUGAUAAUUCCAGGAGGUGUUGUCCCGGGUAUGUGAUAAUUCCAGGAGGUGUUACCCCAGGCAAUUUCAGUAAGAACAUGUUAUCCCUGAAUGAUAAAGGAGAAGAUGAAGAUAUGAUGGAGCGCUCCUCAGGAGAAGACCUCCUUACCCCUAAUGUCCAUCCAGAUCUAUCCUAUAAUAAUACACCUGAUCAUGAGGAACCUUCUCCUGACCAACCACACAUUGUUACCACAAGGACAGAUCAGGAACAUGGGAAAGGUUUAUAUUGUGAUGAAUGUGGAAAACAGUUUACAAACAGAUCAGAUCUUGUUACACAUAGAAAAAGUCACACAAGAAAGAAGCUGUAUGUGUGUUCAGAGUGUGGGCAACGCUGUAUAACACAAUCGCAUCUUAUUAUACAUGAGAGAAUUCACACUGGAGAGAAGCCAUAUUCAUGUUCAGAAUGUGGGAAAUGCUUUACGCGUAAUUCAGAUUGUGUUUUACAUGAGAGAACUCACACUGGAGAGAAGCCAUAUUCAUGUUCACAAUGUAGAGAAUGUUUUAUAAGUAAAUCAGAUCUUGUCAGGCAUGAGAGAAAUCACACAGGAGAAUAUCCAUAUUCAUGUGCAGAAUGUGGUAAAUAUUUUAUACGGAAAUCACAUCUUGUUAAACAUGAGAGAACUCACACAGGAGUGAGGCCAUAUUCAUGUUUAGAAUGUGGGAAAUGUUUUACAAGCAAUUCAAAUCUUGUUAAACACGAGAGAACUCACACUGGAGAGAAGCCAUAUUCAUGUUCAGAAUGUGGGAAAUGUUUUACAAGUAAAUCAGAUCUUGUUUUACAUGAAAGAAUUCACACAGGAGAGAAGCCGUAUUCAUGUUCAGAAUGUGGGAAAUGUUUUACAAGGAAAUCAGAUCUUGUUAGACAUGAGAGAAGUCACACAGGAGUGAGGCCAUACCAGUGUUCAGAAUGUGGGAAAUGUUUUACAAGUAAUUCAAAUCUUGUUAUACAUAAGAGAAUUCACACAGGAGUAAAGCCAUUUUCAUGUUUAGAGUGUGGGAGAUGUUUUCUACAUAAAUCACAGCUUUCUAGACAUGAGAAAAUUCACACAGGAGAGAGGCCGUAUUCAUGUUCAGAAUGUGGGAAAUGUUUUAUACAGAAAUCACAACUUUCUGGACAUGAGAGAUGUCACACAGGAGACAGAAAUGCAAAAUAAUCUUAAAAAUAUGAUAAUAUAGAGACUGGAAUUAUGAGAACUCGUGAUGUUUCUAAAUUCUGAUGUGAGAAUUAACCCUCGAAUAAACUUCAUAAUGGAACCUAAGCAGAAGCUAAAGCCAACAUCAUCUCUUGGUCAUCAGCACCUGGGGUCAUGUGACCUUUGUAGGUAAAUAACGGUAAUGAGAAGUAAUAUGUAAUGCUAUUGUGUAUCAUUUAGUAGUGACUUGUAGCUCUACACUACAGUAUGAUUGGAUGAUUUCUAUGGAUGAUAAUGAUAAUAAAAUUAACAUUUUCGAGAAUACAAACCGGAAGCGCGCGCAGUCCUCGUACAGAUCAAAUCAUCAAACCGCGGUAGACAAGGCAAAUAAGGUCUGAAUACUGGAAAUACCAUAUUUGAGGACGGGUUCCACCUUGUGAAUUGCGCCGCCAGUAAACAUCACUUUCCAUCACUCGCUUAUGUCUCAAUGAAUUAUCUUAUUUAAAGAGUA